CCCUUUUCUCGGUGGUCUACUCACUACUGGUCUUCAUCUCCAAUUGGGGGAAAAGAAAAAAAAACGAAAAAAACACGUUUUUUCCUUACAAAAUUUUCCUUUUUUUUUUUUGGGUUAUUAUCUUAAUUAAUCCCACAAGAUAACCAUGGAAAAAAGGGCAUUUAAUCUCUUGGGUAUAUAUGGUUUACCCCUUUUGAGUUAGGGUUUUCCUACAACUUUGGGGAAAUAUCUGAUCAAAUUUUUUGUCCUUUUUCCUUUUUUUUUUUGUUUGUUCAAUGAAAUUGAAAUCUACUCUUCUGGUUCUAUAAUUUUUCUUCCGGGUUUACCCUUAUCCACUGCUUGGUUGCAAUGGAAAAGUCCCCAAUUUUUAUUUUUUGUUAAAUUAUUCCACGAAAAUUUUGGUGGAUUCUUGGUGAAUUUUCCCGGAUUCGAUUGUUAGGGCACACCCUGAAAGAUGUGGAGGUAGCAUAUAGUUUCUUAACUAUGACAUAGUUGCUCUAAUUUCAGGGCAGUGAUAUGGGGACAGAGCUUAUAAGGGUUUGCGUUGAAGAAGAUAGUGAUGACUUUCCAUCAGUUCCACCAGGUUUUGAGUCAUAUAUAUCAUUUUCUCGGGAGAAGGUGCAUAAUCAUGAAAAACAAGAUAAUCAUGUCCCUGUUAGUUUGCCAACAUCUGUCUCUGAAUCACAAUCAGUUAAAAUGGAAACUGAGGCAGAAGUUGCCGAUGUUGCAAAAGUAACGAGGUCCCUCCGGCGUAAACCAUGUAUAAACUAUAGACAAUAUGAUUACUGCUAUGAUGACGUGAUUGUUACCGAGUGUCUUGAUCAGGGUAUUUCUUUAAAGCCUUCCCUUUCAAAGGGAGUCAUCCGUGGAUGUCCACAGUGUAAUAAUUGCCAAAAGGUUGUUGCCAGAUGGCAUCCAGAAGAGUCGUGCCGGCCAGACCUYGAGGAUGCUCCUGUGUUUUACCCAACUGAAGAGGAGUUCGAAGAUACUUUGACAUAUAUAGCAAGCAUACGAGCAAAAGCAGAACCAUAUGGGAUUUGUCGUAUUGUCCCACCUUCUUCUUGGAAACCUCCAUGUCCCCUGAAGCAGAAACAUAUUUGGGAGAGUUCUAAAUUUGCAACUCGUGUCCAAAGGAUUGACAAGCUUCAGAAUCGAGAUUCAAUAAGAAAGAUGUCUAGGGUCUGCAAUCAAAUGAGGAGGAAAAGGAGGAGAGGCAAUCGAAAGGGGGUUGAUGUUACCCCUUUAAAUGGAAAAAGUGGAGAUGCCGGGUCUUAUGAGGCAGAAAGAUUUGGAUUUGAUCCUGGCCCUGAUUUUACUUUAGCAUCGUUUGAAAAAUAUGCGAAUGACUUUAAGUCUCAAUAUUUUAGUAAAGCACUCAAUGAUACUGCAAAGGGAUGUAAUUCGUCCAUGCUGCAAGAGAACGAACACUGGAAACCAUCAGUGGAAAAUAUUGAGGGUGAAUAUUGGCGGAUGGUAGAGAAACCAACUGAAGAGAUUGAGGUGCUAUAUGGGGCUGAUUUGGAAACUGGAGAGUUUGGUAGCGGUUUUYCAAAGAGUUGCUGUCAAGAUGGCUCUACAUCAGAUGAAGAUAAGUAUGUAAAAUCUGGCUGGAACCUGAACAACUUUCCCAAGCUUCCUGGAUCAGUCCUUAGCUAUGAGAGUAGUAAUAUAUCUGGAGUCUUGGUACCAUGGCUUUAUAUUGGGAUGUGCUUUUCGUCCUUUUGCUGGCAUGUGGAAGAUCACCACCUCUACUCUCUGAACUAUAUGCACUGGGGAGAUCCUAAAGUCUGGUAUGGUGUUCCAGGAAAUGAUGCUGGUAAAUUAGAGGAGGCUAUGAGAAAGCGUUUACCCGACCUCUUUGAAGAACAACCUGAUUUGCUUCAUAAGCUGGUUACACAGCUUUCUCCGUCCAUACUGAAAUCCGAGGGUGUACCUGUAUAUAGAUGUAUUCAGAAUCCCGGAGAGUUUGUAUUAACCUUCCCUCGAGCAUACCAUGCAGGAUUCAACAGUGGUUUCAAUUGUGCUGAGGCAGUUAAUGUAGCUCCAGUUGACUGGUUGCCCCAUGGUCAAAUUGCUGUAGAAUUAUAUUGUGAGCAGGGACGAAGAACUACUAUUUCCCAUGAUAAACUAUUGCUUGGUGCUGCGAGGGAAGCUGUGAGAGCACACUGGGAACUUAAUUUACUGAAGAAAAACACUGCGGAUAACUUAAGAUGGAAUAGUGUUUGUGGAAAAGAUGGAGUCCUAGCAAAAGCAUUCAAGAGGCGUGUUGAGAUGGAGUGUGCUAGGAGGAACUURCCUUGUAGUUCUUCUCAGGCAGUGAAGAUGGAGAGCAACUUUGAUGCCUCUAAUGAGAGAGAAUGCAGUUCAUGCCUCUUUGACUUGCAUCUGUCUGCAGUAGGGUGUCGUUGUUCCCCAGAUAAAUUUGUGUGCUUGAAUCAUGCAAAGCAGCUGUGUUCUUGUGCUUGGGGAGAGAGGUUUUUUCUAUUUCGCUAUGACGUUGGUGAAUUAAACAUGCUUCUUGAAGCAUUGGAGGGAAAAUUAAGUGCAGUAUACAGGUGGGCUAGGCAGGAUCUUGGUUUGGCGCUCAGUUCUUGCAUUUCCAAAGAAAAGAUGCAUGGAGGUAAAGUGACUCCUUCGUCUGAAGGAGCAGUAUCUASAGAGUUCAGUUCACAAUUAUCAACUAAGUCUUCUGGGAAUCCUCAGUGGAAAGAAUUCUUGAGACAAUCCCCAUUACUGUCAACUUUGACCUCUAUUAAUAGCCUGUCUCAACAUAGCAAAAGGUUAUCUGAAGUUACCGCUUUUCUAGAAGAUAAGAAGUUAGUGGAUAAGAAGGUAGUUUCUACACUUAAMGGAUCUGGGAUGGAAGUUGAGCAGCAAAAUCAUAAAUCUCAGGUGAAAAGAGAAAACUACGAUUUCGUGACAACCAGUUCRGGGCUUGCAGGUUUGCAGUUCUCUGAGGAGGAUAAAAAAGCUCUGAAUUUGGUUAAAGUAAAAAAMAAAAUGGAUAAAACGUGUCCUGAAAAUGUCAUUCUACUAAGUGAUGAUGAAGGUGAUGGGCCAAAGAAGACAAUUUCAAAUGGUUUAGCGGAAAGUUCAUUAGUAAAGCAUUUGAAAACUUCAGAUAGGUUCACAGAUGUUGAUUCUAAGGCUAGCCUGUGCAACCACAAUGAAAAUGCAAUCUUGCACACCCCGGCGACUGAUGCAACCACUAUGGGAGAAAAGGAGGACAACUUGUUGACUGAAAGAAAAUUAAGAAAAUUGAGUAAUUGCCAAUCGAGCAUCGUACCUACAAAUAGUAAACAUUCUCAAAAUACUAACUUAUUGGUCAGAAGUGCAGUGAGUGCUAUUCAGAACAACAAUUUUUCAGAAGCAGGAUUAGGACCUAGUGUUAAAGUAUUUCCAGUUCCAACAGAUACCGAUUCUCAAAAACCACAGGCAUGUGGCUCUGGAAAACCGAAUGAGGAUAAGCAUGGAAAUGUGGGAACAAGUGCUACCUCAUAUUUGUCAGACACUAAUAGAACUGCUUCUGGAAGUUUAUCUUGCAAUCAACCUAAUGUCGAUAGAUUCUUGAGGCAAAAGGGUCCUCGAAUGGCAAAGGUAGUACGGAGAAUCAACUGUAAUGUAGAACCUUUAGAAUUUGGAGUUGUGCUUUCAGGAAAGUCUUGGUCGAACAGCCAGGCCAUUUUCCCAAAAGGAUUUAAGAGCAGGGUCAAGUAUAUAAAUGUUUCAGAUCCGACAACUUUUUGUUACUAUGUUUCUGAAAUUCUUGAUGCAGGACGAGAAGCACCACUUUUCAUGGUUUUUUUGGAGGAUUGUCCAAGCGAGGUAUUCAUUCAUGUUUCUGCUGCCAGAUGCUGGGAGUUGGUUAGAGACCGAGUGAAUCAGGAAAUCGCGAAGCAACAUAAAUUGGGGAAAACAAAUCUUCCUCCUCUACAGCCUCCUGGGAGUUUAGAUGGAUUUGAAAUGUUCGGAUUUACGUCCCCGGCAAUUGUGCAGGCUAUUGAGGCAAUGGAUCGAAAUCGAGUAUGUGGUGAGUAUUGGGACUCUCGGCCCUAUUCUCGACCCCAAGUGCAGAGUCCACAACAUUCUCAGCCAACCGAAAUUAGUCGAAACUUGCAAACAACUGAAAGGAACGACGGGGUCGAUCCUAGGCCUGGUGGAGUUGAUAUAGUACUUAGGGGAUUGUUGAAGAAGGCAAACCUUGAUGAACUAAACUCGCUCCAUACUCUCUUAAAUGAUAAUAGGCCAACAGUUGACCAAGGCGAGCUGACUCGACUUCUCAACGAAGAGAUUCUAAGUCAUCGAAGAUGAUUCAUUGUUCAGUAUUUUGAUUUGACUCAACUUAGAGGGCGCGGCAUUUAUCGACUGCUGUAAAUACAGAGUUGCUAUCAGUAACAGGUUCUACUUUCUUUUUGUUUUUUUUCCUUUUGUAAAUGCUUCUUUUAGCCUGAUGAUUCUAACUUUUGGAGGAAAAGGAAGGGAAGUUGGUGAAUUCCUCCAAUUCAAAAUUUGAUUAGGUUCUUACAGUGGGGAAGAGCUGGAAAUUUAUUGGGGUGGAUACAGAUUGUUGAUGUGACUUCCUGUCCAUUGUUUUGGAUUAGGCCUUAGGGUAAGGUAAUACCAAAUAUACAUACAUUCUCUCAAAAAA